CACUGCCAGUGGUUGUAAGUUGUAAGCUCUGUUCUCUAGCCUGGUUGACACACUCGCUGUUCAAAGGCCCCAAAAAAAGAGUUGUUUUCUCGUUGAUCUUGAUUCAUUUUUAAAGCCCGACCGUGCCUGUGACCGCGUGUCCAUUUCCUAGUCCAUCAAACCCCCAACCAACACCCUAGGGAAAGAACGAAGCGACUAGCAAGCCGAGAUAGCAAGGCUAGCAUCACGAGCACACUGAUAUCAACCAGUCAAGCUAUCAAAGCCCGAAAGAUGUCUCGAGAAAUCGACCCUCUCAUUCUUUCAUACUAUCACCUUCGGGAUUUCCCUCGUCAAGAGGAAGCCUUGCACUUGCUGAAGAAGCUGGCUUCCAUGGUGAAACCCAUUAUGCGGGCUCGUGGCUGGCGAGUGGGCCAACUCUCAGAGAUGUAUCCGAGCCGGGCCGAUUUAUUGGGAUUAAACGUCGAUCGGGGAAGAGAGAUCAAGGUGCGCCUCCGUCAACACUGGGACCGAAGCCAGUUCUUGCCGUUCGAGGAGAUUCUGGACACCAUGCUGCACGAACUUGUGCACAUCGUCCACGGGCCGCAUGAUGACAAGUUCAACGCCUUGUGGGAUCAACUCCGGGAUGAGAUGGAGGGUCUGAUGAUGAAGGGCUAUACUGGUGAUGGUUUCCUCAGCCAGGGCCGCAGAUUAGGCGGUCGUAGCAUCCCAUACGACGAAAUCCGUCGCUUGGCUCGUGCCGAGGCCGAGAGGAAUAAGCCUAAGCCUUCCCAAGGGUAUGGAGGCCACAGGCUAGGCGGUUCACGGCCGCCACCCGGACAAGACAUCCGCAAUGUCAUUCUUGAGUCCAUCGAGCGGCGCAACAGAGCUGAGAAGGGCUGCGGAUCACAGAAUCGCUCCGAACGCGAGAUUCAGGAAAUUUCCGAGUCGUGGAAGCAGAACGGCUUCCGAACAAAGGCCGAGGAGGACGAGGCUAACGAAGCUGCCAUCGCUCAAGCUCUGUGGGAGCUCGUACAAGAGGACGAGAAGCGCAAAUAUGGGAGCUCGUACAUCCCUCCGAGCGCCCAGAAUCCAUUCGGCAACGGUGGUGGUGCGUUUCUUGGGUACGACAACGCUGGCUACGGCACCGGUGUCACUGGGAGUCGUGCUGCUUACCCCGCCAUGCCGACCACAACAAGGCCACCGCCCCCUACACGGCCAAAGUCUCCGGUGAAGAAUUAUUGGGCUUGCAGCCUGUGCACGCUACACAACCCUCUCCACGCGGAGAAAUGUGACGCCUGCGGCGUUUCGGCUCCUCGGGGGCCUUCCCGGUUUGGCCCCUCUUGAAAUGCCACAGGUCCGUACUCCCGUGCAACUAUUGCUAACACACAGCUGCGCAUUUAGGAGUGCGGUUGGCACUGAAGGCCUCGCGAGUGACACCCGGAGAGAGGUAAUUGACCUCACUGAUAGUCCCCCGAAGAAGAAGCCGACUGGCGGUCCAAGGACGAGCCGCCCCGGGAC